CACGCUCCUGCCUUCUGCCCUUGCCCGACACAGGCCGCGGGGGUGAAAGAUUGCUUCCAGUUGGUCGGCUUCCAGGCCGAGUGUGCUCGGACGGUGCUGUGCUCUCCAACCAGCCCACGGCACAGAAGUGCGCACGGAACCGUGACCCCGGCCAUCCGGGCAGCCCAGGCAGUCUGGCCAAGGCGAUGAAGGUGCUGGCCCUGUUAUGCUCACUAUGGAUGAUGUUCUGGAGCAGGUCGGCGAGUUUGGCUGGUUCCAGAAGCAAGCCUUCCUGACCCUGUGCCUGCUCUCCGCGGCCUUCGCCCCCAUCUACGUGGGCAUCGUCUUCCUGGCUUUCACCCCAGAUCACCGCUGCCUGAGCCCCGGGGUGGCUGAGCUGAGCCGGCGGUGCGGCUGGAGCCUGGCAGGGGAGCUGAACUACACGGUGCCCGGCCCGGGGGCCGCCGGCGAGGCCUUCCCCCGCCACUGCCGAGGCUACGAGGUGGACUGGAACCAGAGCGGCCUCAGCUGCGUGGACCCGCUGGCCGGCCUGGCCGCCAAUAGGAGUCACCUGCCGCUGGGGCCCUGUCGGCACGGCUGGGUGUACGACACGCCCGGCUCGUCCAUCGUGACCGAGUUUAACCUGGUGUGUGACGACUCUUGGAAGGUGGACCUCUUUCAGUCCUGCGUGAACCUGGGCUUCUUCCUGGGCUCUCUGGGUGUCGGCUACAUUGCAGACCGGUUUGGCCGAAAAUUAUGUCUCUUGGCCACCACCCUCGUCGGUGCCGUGUUGGGUGUCCUCACGGCUGUGGCCCCGGACUACACGUCUCUGCUGCUCUUCCGCCUGCUGCAGGGGCUGGUCAGCAAGGGUAGCUGGACGUCCGGCUACAUCCUGAUCACAGAGUUCGUGGGCCUGGGCUACCGGCGAAUGGUGGCCAUCCUCUACCAGACGGCCUUCACGGUGGGGCUCGUGCUGCUCUCCGGGCUGGCCUACAUCAUCCCUCACUGGCGGUGGCUCCAGCUGGCCACCUCCCUGCCCACCUUCCUCUUCCUGCUCUACUACUGGUGCGUGCCCGAGUCUCCCCGGUGGUUGUUGUCACAGAAGAGAAACUCUCAAGCGAUAAAGAUAAUCGACCACAUUGCCCAGAAGAACGGGAAAUCGCCUCUCCCUGAUCCCAAGAUGCUCUCUCUCGAAGAGGAUGUCACCGAAAAGCUGAGCCCCUCUUUUGCAGACCUGUUCAGCACGCCACACCUGAGGAAGCACACCCUUAUUCUGAUGUACCUGUGGUUCACGAGCUCCGUACUCUACCAGGGCCUCAUCAUGCACGUGGGUGCCACGGGCGGGAACCUCCACCUGGACUUCCUGUACUCGGCUCUGGUUGAAUUCCCAGCGGCCUUCAUCAUCCUCACCACCAUUGACCGCUUCGGCCUCAUCCGCCCGUUGGUGGUGUCCAAUCUGGUGGCGGGGACAGCCUGCGCCGUCAUGAUCUUUAUCUCCCACGUAACAGCAGUGGGGGUAGAGAAGGAACCCAAGAUCUCAGAUUGUCAGUUAUCAUCAGGGCGGAACCCAGGCACCAUGCUCUCUGGUCCCAUCCCCCCCUGCCAAUAUCUACACUGGCUGAACAUCACAGUGGCUUGUUUUGGCCGCAUGGGAAUCACCAUCGUGUUCCAGCUGGUGUGCCUGGUGAACGCCGAGCUGUACCCCACGUUCAUCAGGAAUCUUGGAGUGAUGGUGUGUUCCUCCCUGUGUGAUCUGGGUGGAAUCAUCACCCCCUUCCUGGUCUUCAGGCUGAUGGAGGUUUGGCAAGGCUUGCCACUCAUUUUGUUUGCGGUGUUGGGCCUGGUUGCCGGGGGAAUGACAUUGCUUCUUCCUGAGACCAAAGGUGUCACCUUGCCAGAGACCAUUGAAGAUGCGGAGAACCUCGGGAGGAUAGCAAAGCCCAAAGAAAACACGAUUUACCUUCAGAUCCAAACAUCAGAACGUGCUGGCACCUGAGAGAGAUGCUUCACAGGGACUGAGUGGCAGAGAGGAAGAUGGGGUUUUCAUCUGAAGAAAAGAAACCCUGAUUUCUCUGUGCUCUUCCUCACACUUACCUGCCCCUCAACCAAUAGCCUAAAGAACACUAAAUGUGCUUUGCUUUAUUUUCUUUCUUUGAAAUCUCCCAAAGCCCUAUCUUUUAUCUACUUACUUUUCCUGGCGAGAACUGUCGGUGGUUACCAGUUAUUUAAUUAUCGGAAAUAUUUGGAAGAUCCAAUAGAAUUUAAAUAUUGCUAUAAAAGAGGCCUCUGUCACUGGUUUCCUAAAGGCAGUGUUGUUUUAUUCACUAUUUGAAAGCAAAUGUCAUUGUAUCUGUAGUAUCUAUCUUGGCAAAAAUAUUUUAAUAUGUUGCCUUCUUGAAGGGCACUUUGUUUUCAAAUAUGGCGGCACUUCCUGCAAACGGUACCCGAAUCAUGUUGGAAAUAUGAUCCUUCUCUAAAGGCUAGAAGAACUGUAACCUUUUUAGGAAGCAGUUUUUGUCCCCUUUGCUCCAGGAAUAUUGUAUUUGAUUUCACUCUUGGUUUUUGUUCUUGUUGGUGAUUCUAGAAGUUUAACUCCUAUGCCAACUGCAAAAUAUUCUAGUAAAUACAUCAAAAGGA